AUGUUUAUGUGUUAUUAGUAUACAAAGUACAAGCAUUCAAUAAGUAGUAAGAGUACCGGACUUAAUAAUUAUUAAAUUUUAUUUAUAUUUAGAAAACAGAACUGUUCAACGGUGUUUUGUAAUUAACUAAUUCUUAAAUUUGUAAAAAAAAAAAACAAUAAUAAUGCCGUAUGCUAAUCAACCUUCCGUACAUAUAUCUGAACUGACUACUGACUCAAUUAAAUUUCAAAUUGAAGACACUGAUCUCAGCGUUGCUAAUAGCCUGCGUAGAGUUUUCAUCGCUGAAACACCGACAUUAGCCAUUGAUUGGGUACAGCUGGAUUCCAAUUCUACAGUGUUAAGUGACGAAUUUAUAGCAUCUCGUAUUGGUCUCAUACCAUUGACAUCUGAUGAAAUAGUCGACCGCCUACAGUACUCCAGAGAUUGCACAUGCUCAGACUUCUGUCACGACUGUAGUGUAGAGUUCAACCUCAAUGUCAAAUGUUCAGAAGAGAUGACAAGACAUGUAACUACUGCAGAUUUGAUAAGCAAUAAUCCACGUGUAGUACCAGUUACUUCAAGAAAUCAAGAUAGUGAUAUUAAUGAAUAUGGAGAAAAAGAUGAUAUACUUAUUGUUAAAUUGCGUAAAGGACAAGAAUUAAAAAUUAGAGCAUUUGCUAAAAAAGGAUUUGGUAAGGAGCAUGCUAAAUGGAAUCCAACUACAGGUGUAAGCUUUGAAUAUGACCCAGACAACACUAUGCGACAUACAUUAUUUCCUAAGCCAGAUGAAUGGCCUAAAAGUGAAUAUUCAGAACUCAAUGAAGAUCAGCAUGAAGGACAAUACAACUGGAGAGCUAAACCAAAUAAGUUUUUUUUCAAUGUAGAAAGUUGUGGAUCAUUAAAGCCUGAAAAUAUUGUUCUAAUGGGAGUCGCUGCACUUAAAAAUAAACUAUCAAACCUUCAAACACAAUUUACACAAGAAAUGGAUGCACUCGCUAUAAACUAAUUUUAAUUAAUAUGUGUAGAUUUAAUUAUUUCUAGUGUUUACUGCACUUAAAACAAAAAAAUCUUG